AUGGCCUCGAAGCAACCCUCCUCGUCAUUCAUACAGGUGCCGACGAGGUUUUCCAUCGUCGAGCCCGGUGUAUACCGCUCUGCAUCCCCAACAGCCGUAGAGGUGCCAUUCCUCACGUCCCUGGGACUGCGAACCAUCGUAUCGCUCUCUCCCGAGCAUCCUAUCAAACCCCUGGUAUCCUAUGCGCGUGCAUCAGGUGUCGACUUUGUUCACCUGGGCAGCACGCUUUUCCAGCCACUCACAGACUGGAAACCCAUCGGCGACGAGGUCGUCAAGGCCGCUCUCGAGUUGAUCCUCGAUGUCCGGAGCCACCCUGUGCUCGUCAUUGACCCAGUCGGGAUUCACCAGACUGGUGUCGUGUUCGGCUGUCUGCGUAUGAUGCAGGGCUGGAACUUUGCCUCUGCACUGUCCGAGUACCGAUCACAUUCGGGACCUACCAAGCAUCGCUAUGCGGACGAGACGUACAUCGAGCUCUUUGACCCCGACUUUGUCAACUUGCCACCAAACCACCGCUUGCCGGCCUGGUGGGCGGACGGCGAGGUAGACAACUUUGACGACGACUGGGUGGAAGAAGACCCGCCGCCCAAGGAGAAGAAGAAGAGCAAAAAGGACAAGAAGGAGAAGGAGAAAGAGAAGGAGAAGGAGAAACAAGAGGCGACUGUCGCCGAGGGGAUCAUCGAGGCUACCGCCGAGCUCAAGCUCAAUGGCGGUGAGGGUGGCCCAUGA